AUGAAUUUCAUCAAGAAGGCCGACCGCCUCAAGCAGUGGGCGGGGGAGAAGAUGGGCGGGGAGGCCAAGACCAGCACGUCUGAGGACUUCAAGCAGCUGGAGAUGGAGAUGACGCUGAGGCACGAGGGCAUGGAGAAGCUACACAAAUCCAUGAACAUGUACGUCAAGUCGCUCUCCAAGCGCAACGAAGUCGACGACCGCGAGAAGGCACUGCCCGGCGGAUACCUGGGCUCUACUAUGAUCAGUCACGGCGAGGAUUUCCAACCUGACUCUGAAUUCGGUCAAUGUCUUGACUCGCUUGGUAGAGCAAACGAGAGGAUAGCUCGCCUACAAGAGAGCUAUGUGCAGAAUGCUACUUCAACCUGGCUGGAGGGGCUCGAGCGCUCCCUUGCUCAGAUGAAGGAGUAUCAGGCUGCCCGAAAGAAGCUUGAAACCCGCCGUCUAGCCUACGAUGCGUCCCUCGCCAAGAUGCAGAAAGCCAAAAAGGAAGACUUCCGAGUCGAGGAGGAACUGCGGUCCCAGAAAGCCAAGUACGAGGAGUCGAGCGAGGACGUCUACAGGCGGAUGGAGGACAUCAAGGCCGCGGAGGUGGACAGUGUGGCAGAUCUUACGGCAUUCUUGGAGGCCGAAUUGUCAUACUACGACAGCUGCAGGGAAGUCCUGACGAAACUGAAACGCAACUGGCCAGCGCAAAGCGAGACUCGCGACACCCGCCAGCCCACACGCUCCCGCUCCAACACCGCUCAUGCCUACAACGAGCGCUACAACCCCGUCGAGGAAGAGCCCCCUCUUCCCGAACCACGCAUGACGAUCCCCACCCGUGGCUCAAACCGCGAUCUCUCGCCUGCCCAUGCCUACUCACGUCCGUCCGCCAAUCGAGCCCAAACCUUUGAAGGCCCCUCCCGUCUCGCUGGUCGCGACAUGUCGCCUGCUCCAAAUGCCCGCCUGGCUCGCGUACCGACAGAUUCCUCCCUCAUAAUGGCAAAUCGUUCACAACUGCGACCUGUACGCCGGGCAGAUACAUUCGCAGAUCCGUACGAGGAUGAGAAUGUCGAGAGCAACGGUGAUAGAAACGGCUAUGGAGGUAGACGAGUGCGGGACGAAAGUCCGCCAAGCCCUGCAACUAGCCAUGGUAGCAUACCCAGCCGGGCGGCAAGCUGGACAACGGGCGAGAUUGAGAGAAGCGGAGGCGGUGUUGGGAAGAAGGCCCCGCCGCCCCCACCGCCGAGCCGGGCGAAGAAGCCUCCACCACCCCCACCGCCAAUGAAGCGGAGUGCUUUGGGAUGA